AUGACUACUCUAUUUGGUCUUUCAAAUAACACAACAGCAACCAACACAUUAGGAUCAAAUCAAAAAGAUUUGGAAGUAGUGCAACCACCAGAUGAUGCAAUAUCAUGUAUGAAAUUUUCUCCAAUAGCACUUCCACAAACAUAUUUGAUUGCAAGUUCAUGGGCAAAUGAUAUACGCUGCUGGGAAAUACAAUCCAAUGGACAAACAGUAGCGAAAGCAAUACAAAAACAUGAUGCACCCAUAUUAAGUUGUUGUUGGUCCGACGAUGGUUCAAAAGUAUUUACAGCCAGUUGUGAUAAAACAGCUAAAAUGUGGGAUUUACAAGCAAAUACAUUUGUUCAAAUAGCUGCACACGAUCAACCUAUUAGAACUAUUCAUUAUAUUCAACGACCAUCCUAUACAUGUGUGAUGACUGGAAGUUGGGAUCGAACUGUUAAAUUUUGGGAUACACGUCAAGCAACGCCAUUAAAACAAUUAACACUCAAUGAACGCGUUUAUGCUGCUGAUGUCUGUGGCCCAAUGGCUGUUAUAACAACAGCUGAUCGAGCAAUACAAGUUUAUUCACUUGAUCAAGGUCCAACUGAAUACAAAAAGAUCGAAUCAUUACUAAAAUAUCAACAUCGCUGUGUAUCAAUUUUCACAGAUAAAUCAAAAAAUCCAAAUGGAUUUGCUGUUGGUUCAAUAGAAGGUCGUGUUGCUAUAAUGUAUGUUGAUACAACAAAUCCAAGUGUGGACAAUUUUACAUUUAAAUGUCAUCGUUCAACUCCUCAACCGCCAACGAAUACCCAAGAUAUAUUUGCUGUUAAUGAUAUUGCUUUUCAUCCUGUGCAUGGUACAUUAUCUACAGUUGGUAGUGAUGGUCGAUAUAGUUUCUGGGAUAAAGAUGAUCGAACAAAAUUAAAAACAAGUGAUGUUAUCAAUGAUCAAGCAAUAACAUGUUGCACGUUUGAUAGUCGUGGACAAUUAUUUGCCUAUGCAAGUUCAUACGAUUGGCACAAAGGUCAUGAAGGCAAUGUACAAACAAAAAAGAAUGCAAUCUACUUUCGGCAAUGUUUUGAAGAAAUGAAGCCCAAACAGAAGAAAUAA